AUGACUACAACAAAAGAAUUUAGAAAUCCGUCUGUACAUGCCAUUGGUGGUGCAUUGUCAGGAAUGACUGCAUGUGUUAUGUUACAGCCUCUAGAUCUCAUAAAGACGCGAUUGCAGCAGCAACGACAAGAUCACCUUGCAUUCCUCAGAGAAGCGAAAAAGAAAGGCCUCUUAAUCGCCCCACAAAACAGUACGAUUUACUCCACAGUACGAGAUAUCGUCUCUUCCAAUGGUUUCGGCGGUCUUUGGCGUGGUACGAUUCCGACUAUCAUAAGAAAUGUUCCUGGUUCGGCCCUAUAUUUCUUAGCUCUUUCCGAAAUCCGACAACUGCUUGAAAAGAGACGCCCUUCAUGGCAAAAGUAUGUUUAUCCAAAACAAUCCAGUACUAAAAACCAAACACAAUGGGAGAAUUUGGUGUCUGGUGCAACAGCCCGUGGAGCAGUUGGCUAUAUUAUGAUGCCUAUUACUGUAGUAAAAGUUCGCUAUGAGAGUAACUUUUAUAAUUACAGGAAUAUUUCGGAUGCGUUUGGUUCAAUUAUCAAGAAUGAUGGGUUUAGAGGAUUAUUCGCUGGAUACGGAGCAACCUUUAUUAGAGAUGCCCCAUUUGCUGGUAUCUACCUCUUCUUCUAUGAGCAAAGCAAGGCGUGGAGUAAAACCUUUGCAAAAAAAAAGAAUAUCGAGAUCCCAAAUAUGGCCAUUAACUUAGGAUCUGGUGUUGUGGCGGGUGUAGCAGCCACAUGUACAACACAGCCGUUUGAUAUGCUAAAGACUCGGAUGCAACUCAAACCCGCACUUUAUAAACACCUGGUUCAGGCUGCACGAAAAGUCUUUAAAGAGGAAGGAUUGGUAGGAUUCUUUGAUGGCAUCAGUGUUCGCUUAAUCCGUAAACCUCUUAAUUCUGCAAUUUCUUGGGCCAUUUAUGAAGAAGUUAUUCGCUGGAACGAUGCAAAACUAAUCCAAGACAACCCUAUUUGAUUCAGGCUGCUAAAUAUCUACCCUCAUAACCUCUUUGCACAAAUCUACUCAACCCUAUUCAUCUACAUAACACUUGCACAUUUACUAUUCUUUUUGUUGUAUAAUAAUACUUAUUGUUCAUGCGUUUGUCUUACAAUUA